CUCAGUAUGUGUAGAAAUGUGCAUGUUUACAUUUUGUGGGUUUUCUCAGGUGCCCCAGUCUUCCUCACAAAACUUCCAGGUAGGCACAAGGAAUAAACUGGAAUAAACUGUUUACCAAAAAGCAUAAUAUGUCAGUAAUAUGAUGAUAUAGAGGCAUUGCUUGGGCAAGAACUGGGAUUUUCCUGCUCCAGUGUCUGGUAAACUGUGUCAAUGAUGAGUCAUGCUUUCAGUUUAGAUUCGUGUAUAUACUGACCAGGGCAUCAGUGUGCCAUUAGUUUUGAGUUUCAUUUGCUGGGUUAAAGAAGAAGAAGAAGAAACACCAUGUUGGAUUAUUUUGUUUUUCUAAUCCUGCUGUCUCUGGUUUGUUCAGCGAGAAUACUAAAGCGAGAGGACGUCAAUGUCUCUCUCGGGCAGGACGCGACUUUCUCCUGCGAGCUUCCGGGUGCUGUAGGAGUGAAGCAGGUCUUCUGGCAGCGGCAUGGAGAUGAUGGAACCCUGCGUAACAUGGUCACCUUCACCCAGCGCUCCAAACACCAAGUGGACGAUGCGUUCGUGGGCAAAGUGCAGGUUGAAAUGGCUUCGGUCCAAAAAACGACUAUCGUGAUAAAGAAUGUGACGUUCGCGGAUGAAGCCUGUUACAUCUGUACCUUCAGUGUGUAUCCGUCCGGAACCGAGAGGGAGACCACGUGCCUCACUGUGGAAGGUUUAUCGGAAAUAACGUCCCAGCUUGUAAGUAAACCUCAAGAGAAGGACGCCACCAUUUCCUGCUCAGCCACUGGGAAGCCUGCUCCAGUGAUCAGUUGGUGGUCUGGAGAGGAAGAAUUGAACAAUAGCUUAUCAGAGACAGUACAGAAUGAGGAUAGUUCAGAGACAACUACGAGCAACCUCAAAAUCUCACAGUCACAAUUCAGUGGAAAAGAUGUGAAAUGUGUGGCUAAAAGUGGAAGUAUAGAAUGGAGCGAAGUCAUUAUUGUGGAGAAACAGAUUGAGAAAGAGACUCCAGUGGCGUCCAGACUCUAUGUCAUGUCUGCUGUUGCCAUGAUCUGCUGCAUUUUUACCAUUUGUGUUGUUAUACUUAUUUACAGAAGGAGAAGUAGGUAUCAUGAUGUACUUGUGUCUGAGCCUUGUGUAUGAGUAAAUAAAAAUCAGUGAAAAGAACUAAACAAAAGCAUUAAAAUUCUGGAGCAAACUGUUCUUGAAAAGUCAAUUAUAAGUAUCGAUAUAUCAUUAUAUAUCGAUACUUAUAAUUGUAUCCCUGAAUCUGAACUUAUUUGUUGGUUCUGUCUGAAAGUUACAUAAUGUAUCAUUAUUGUUUACUUUGACAAAACAUAUAUUGGAUUAAUGGAAUAGUAUUAGUCAAUUCAUAGUUAAUCAACCUGAUUUUAAUAGUUUGCCUAAAGACUGUUAGAUGUGUUUGUCUUGUGUUACUGAUUGUUGACUGAUGACUGCCUUCUUUAAAUAAGUUUAAUGUAGAUGUCAUUGUAAAAUAGAUAAAAACAUCUACCACAACCAUAUUUAUUACCGUAAUAUGUUGUUUAGAGACAUAGCCUAAGUAGCUCGAGCAAUUUGCAAUUGAGUCCAAAUUUAUUUAUUUAUUUCAAUGUAUUGUGCAAUUAACAGCAUUCUAAUGUACUUUUAUUUAUUUGUAAUUUUGUUUUUUACAGAACAUCAGAAACACUGUGUUGAACUUGCUUGACAUAUUUAUUCGAGGUGCACCAGUUGAAUGUUUUCCUCUCAGCACUUUAUUGUAUUUCAGAUAUUACAGUCUAUGGUACUUAGUAAGACUGUAAAAAAGCUUGUGAAAAAUCUUGUAAAAAUUAUGUGCCACUGUCCUCUUAACUUGAAUGCACUUUAUUUUAGAGAACGCACUGAAUUAAUAUUUAUUUGCAAGAGAAAAGUUUUAUAUUUUGUAUUAUAUAUAAAUGUAU